GACCACACGCAGCAAGCAGCAGCCGCGCGCUCGCCUAGGACUACCGACUACGAGUAGUGCUCAGCUAGCCUCCAUCCUCAGCGCGCGAGUGGCUGCUGCGCAUUCCUCUCUUUAUCCGUCUCUGUGCUUGUUUAAUUUGUGUUCGUUCGUGAGUAGGCGGCCGGCACAUAUGGCAGCGCAGUCCAUGCUCAUGUCGACCAGCGUCAACGGCGGCCGCGCGCUGCCGUCUCUUCAGGCCGUCCGGCCGGCUCCAUACCCGCGGCUACCGCUGCCGUCGUCGUCGUCCUCGUCAGCUGGCUACAGGCACUCCAAGUCCGUCUCCGUGAAGACGCUCGCCCUGUUCGGCAAAUCCAAGGUCAAGACCGCGCCGGCGAAGAAGGCUGCUGCGCCCAAGCCCAAGCCGAAGGUUGAGGAUGGUAUCUUCGGCACGUCCGGCGGGAUCGGUUUCACCAAGGAGAACGAGCUGUUCGUCGGCCGCGUUGCCAUGCUUGGCUUUGCCGCAUCGCUACUUGGAGAGGCCAUUACCGGGAAGGGCAUCCUUGCGCAGCUGAACCUGGAGACGGGCAUCCCCAUCUACGAGGCGGAGCCCCUCCUCCUGUUCUUCAUCCUCUUCACCCUCCUUGGCGCCAUCGGCGCUCUCGGAGACCGCGGCCGCUUCGUCGACGAGGAGGUCACCGGCCUCGACAAGGCCGUCAUCCAACCCGGCAAGGGCUUCCGCGGCGCCCUCGGCCUCAGCGAGGGAGGGCCGCUGUUCGGGUUCACCAAGUCGAACGAGCUGUUCGUGGGGCGGAUGGCGCAGCUGGGCGUGGCCUUCUCCAUCAUCGGCGAGAUCAUCACGGGGAAGGGCGCGCUGGCGCAGCUCAACAUCGAGACGGGGGUGCCCAUCAACGAGAUAGAGCCGCUCGUCAUCUUCAACGUCCUCUUCUUCUUCAUCGCCGCCAUCAACCCCGGCAAUGGCAGGUUCAUCAUCGGCGAGGAAGAGGAAUAGGCUGCUGGCUGCUGCUGCUGGCCUCGGACAUGAGUCGUGUGCGUUUACUUUUACCUGUGACUGUGCGUCUCGGUGCGCGCGCGUAAGUGCUUUGCUGUGUAUCAAUUACUCGUGAUGAGACCUCGAAGGUAGGGUGUCGCGUUGGGUUGUCUGCUUGUAGAAACAAGAGCUUAUAUAUAAAUUACUACUAGCUAAUAUGCCAUGGUUGCAACGAGUUCUCCUA